CAGCAGAAGACAGAAGCAAUUCGUAACUCGAAGCAGAAGAACCAACUAGAAGCAGCAAGAAGAAAACCUCAAUAUCUACAUUAAAAUGCGUGCCUUUAUCGUUAUGUGCCUGGUCGCAGUCGCCUGCGCCGACAAACUUGGCUACAACUAUCAGCCCGUCCAGCACUCCGGCUCAGGACUGUCGUUCACUCCUGGCAGUGGAUCAGGAAUCGGCUCCCUCGGUGGCAACUCUGGCUCCCUCGGUGGCAGCUCUGGCUCCCUCGGUGGCCUGAGCGGUCUUGGUGGUCUGGGCGGCAGCAGCGGACUUGGUGGUCUGAGCGGCGGAAGCGGACUUGGUGGUCUGAGCGGCGGCAGCGGACUGAGCGGUCUGGGUGGUGGCAUCAGCGGUGGCAGCAUCGGCGGUGGUUUGGAUUCCGGUCUGGGUAACCUCGGUAGUUCUUCCGGUCUCGGCAACCUCGGUGGUCUCUCCGGUGGCUCUUUGGAGGCUCCAGUCUCUUACAACGCCCCUGCCCCAGCUGCUGAAUUGGAAAAGGAAUUCUUCACCUACACCGCCAACGAGGAGGACUUCGACGAGCCCCAGGCUGCUGAGAAGGUGUCCAGCUCAUUGAACAAGGCUCUGCGUGUUGUCUUCAUCAAGGGACCCGAGAACCGUGGUUUGGAGAAUGCUGCUCUGGCUCUGGCUAAGCAGGCUGCCCAGCAAGAGACCGCCAUCUAUGUCCUGAACAAGCAGGCUGACAUUGGAGAUCUGGCCAACAAGUUGAACGCCAUCCGCAGCAACAGCAACAACAAGCCCGAGGUUCACUUCGUCAAGUACCGCACUCCUGAGGAUGCUGCCAACGCUCAACGUGCCAUCCAAGGCCAAUACGAUCAAUUGGGAGGUUCAUCCCAGGCUCAUGAUGGUGGUGUUGCACCCGCAUUGAACUUCGCUUCUCAGGGUCCAGUUCGUCAGGCUACUGCCCAGACUCCUGACAACUCCUACCUGCCCACUUCGGUUUUCCGUCGUUUCCGUCUGUAA